AAAAACAAUAUAAUCCAUGAUAGCAUAACUAUAGAAAAUCAUGGCGAUGUUCGAAGUGUUAAGGAAAGAUUAUAGCGAUUAUUUGCAGCAAUAUUUCAAGCUGUCGGACGUCUCGUUAUUUCAAAAAAAGUGCAUUGAACGUUGUGCGAAUGACAGUGACAGAAAAGCGGCAAUCGAUCAGGCGCUUCGAGAUACCUUGCUAGUCGUACUGACGGAAAAUGCUUCGGGUAACGUGCGUUCCCUCGAAUCGUAUAUCACGUUCUGUAUAGAGUUAUGCAGAAAGGAUCUUGCGACAGCGAGUAUGCCAGUGAUGCUACUGGGUGAUAUCUUUGAUUCAAUGACGCUCGAUAGAUGCGAACAAUUAUUUACUUUUGUGGAGAAUAAUGUCACUGUAUGGAAGGAAGAAUUAUUUUUCACUGCCUGUAAAAAUAAUUUGUUGAGAAUGUGCAACGAUCUCCUAAGGAGAUUGUCACGUUCACAACAAACUGUAUUUUGUGGUAGAAUUCUGCUGUUCUUAGCAAAGUUCUUUCCUUUCUCUGAGAGAUCUGGCUUGAAUAUUGUUAGCGAAUUUAAUCUGGAAAAUCAGACAGAAUUUGGCUUGGAGAAAGCAGAGGAAGAUGAUUUAGAGCAGAUAACUAAGGAUGACGACAAGUCAGAAAGCAAGAUACCAAUUGAUUAUAAUUUGUAUAGAAAGUUUUGGGCACUACAAGAUUUCUUCAGAAAUCCGAAUCAGUGUUAUAAUAAAAUGCACUGGAAGGUCUUUUCAGCUCAUGCGUCUAAUGUAUUAUCAGCAUUUGCUUCUUUUAAAUUGGAGGAGCAACGUAGUUAUCCUUCUACAUGCAUCAAGAUGGAUACUUCUAUGGAAGGCUCCCACAAAGAGACGCAUUAUUUUGCUAAAUACUUGACUAAUCAGAAAUUACUGGAGUUACAACUGUCAGACUCCAAUUUCAGACGAUAUGUAUUGCUGCAAUUUCUCAUUCUUUUCCAGUAUCUGAAUAGCACUGUAAAAUUCAAGGCCUUCCUUGCCAGUGGCUAUGAGACAAGUGAGACACACGAACUCAAGCCGGAUCAAGUGGAAUGGGUGAAGACUAUUACUGAACAAGUUUAUACUCUACUGACUGAAACACCGCCUGACGGCCCCACAUUUGCGGAAACUGUGAAGAACAUCUUGAAACGUGAAGAGCAUUGGAAUACAUGGAAGAAUGAAGGAUGUCCACCAUUCAAACGACCAGCAUCAGAUGUCAAUGAUGAAGAGCCACGGAAAUCAAGAAGACCGAAACGACGUAUUGGUGAUGUAAUUAGAGAUGCACAAACGGUUGGCAAAUAUCACAUGGGAAAUCCAGAACUUACUAAAUUAUGGAAUUUAUGUCCGAACAAUCUCGAGGCAUGCAAAUCUAAGGAUAGAGAUUUUCUGCCAUCUUUAGAAACGUAUUUUGAAGAUGCCAUAAUGGAAUUGGAUCCUGCUGCAAUGGUCGAUGAUAAAUACAAGAAGGUGAACGAUGGUAAUUUUGGUUGGAGAGCGUUAAGACUGUUAGCGAGACGAAGUCCGCAUUUCUUUGUUCAUGGAAAUUAUCCUAUAAAUAAAUUGCCUGAAUAUCUUGAGACGAUGAUUAAGAAGAUUGCUAAAGAUCGUCCACAGACACAGUCUGAUACGAAAUUGGAAACUGAGGAGACACCGCCAUCAGAAUCUACUGAUCAAGAAUUCAACGAAGACGUCUUGAAACAGGAAAGUGAGCAGGUUGAUGCUGAAAGCGCUGAUGUAAAAGCCAGAAAAUUGAACAAAGUCACACCGGAAAUGGUGGCAAAAUUAUCGGAAAGUUUAAAAAAUGAUUGGAAAAAAUUAGCGAUAAAAUUUGGUUAUACAAAUGAUGAGAUUGCUUUUUUCCAAAGCAAAACAACGCCAUACGAACAAUGUAAAACUAUGCUUGAGAUAUGGGCGGAAGAGGAUGAAGAUGCAUCAGUUGAAAAUUUAAUUUAUAUUUUAGAAGGUUUAAAAUAUACAGAAGCAUUAGCCGUUCUAAGAUCUUAA